AUGCCUGCGCACUCAGUCGGCGAACCAACCACCCGCUUGGCUGACUACGCUCGGCCCCUGGAUCACCGUCGACGUCACCAACUCCCGGGCCCUCAUCUGGUUAAGUCCCGCCCGGGCCCUUCCACCCGCGAUCGACCGAGCUUCACCGGUGGAGGUGAACCCUGGGAGGUUCACCCUGGCCACCUAAUCUUCGAAUCGACGACAGGGACCAGGCACCGGGUCCAUGCGGGCGAAGCUCCACCGUCGAUUCACCAUUAUGCAGAAGGUUUUCUGAAGCAGGGGCCGUGGCCAAUUCGGCGUGAGCGAGUGAGCGAGAGGAGGAGGAGGAGGAGGAGGCUGGGAGAAAAGUGGGCGUACCGAUGCAUCCAUGGACCGAGCCAUGGAAAGGAUAAAAGGAUCCAUGGAUGCAGUGGCGAUGGUGGGGCCGCGAUCCGGGUUCACGCGACACGAUAUGAGAGAUUCGACGGGCCCUUCUCCUACCGCGCUUGGCCCAGCUCGCUCGCCAAACUAGCCUUCGAGCAGCGGUGUCGCGCAACGCUUGACUUCGGCCGCAGAGCGGAAUGUCUGCUGCCAACUAACUGCCAAUCUGCGAGGGGGCGUGCGGUUCGGACCUCGGCAGCGCGGGGAAGGCAGCAAGCAGGCAGGCAGGCCCGCACGCAGCCGAAGAAGAAUCGUCCCCUCCCUCCGAGCGGGAGUAGCACUCCGUCUUCUUCCGCCCUGCGGUGUCGGAACAAUUCAGUCUCAGGCACAGCAGCAGCAGUGUUCAUAUUAGACCUCGGCUCGCGGCUCCACUUGGCUUCGGUCGAAUAUAAGUCUGCCUCUCGCAGCUCGUCCCUUGGAAGCGAAGCAGGCCAGAGAUCUUCGACGUGUCUGACUGUCUCAAGUCGAUUCGCUCGAGGCUCCACUUGUCUUCGGUCGUCCUCUCGCAGCUCGUCCCUUGGAAGCGAAGCAGCGGAAAAAAUUGUAUAUCCGGAGCGCGGUAGCAGAAUUUGAUCGACGACGUGUGGAAGAAUUUAAGAAGAUGGACAUCAAGAAACUUUGCUUGUUCAUUGUCGUGGUCUUGGGCACGAUUACUGUUUCGUGGUCACGUCCUUUGAUCAGAGAGUUAAUCCCGGAUGAUGAUUUACCUCUCGAUCCAACCCGAGACGAUUUGUUGGGAGAUUUUGAUGUUGUAGAAGGAAACGUGGCGAAGAUCAUUAGUGAAGCCGCAGAUAAAUUGAAGAGGGUAAUCCAUCGCAAGACACCCUACGAAGAGAAAGUGAAGAUGGUCAUCAAUCGCCACCAGACACCCUACGAAAAACUGGCCGAGAUUGAUCGACUGAAGUUAAGCAUCGUGAGGAUUAUGUGCGAGAACACGGACGAGGGUUGCGACGAUAUGCAGGAUGCCCCGAUGAUGAAGCUGGAUGAGAAUUUCGCAAAUAUUAAUCCUGAAGAUUACGUGAAGGUCGAAUGAUAGAGAAAUCGCAAUUCACUUGAAAAUUCUGUAAAUUAGGACAGGUAACCUUCAGGACGUAUAUACUUGCAGGUAAAAUAGCUGGGAAAAUAGCUGGGACAAUCUUGUAGAAAUCCCACUCAUAUACACACAAACAUAUCCUCCUCCUCUUCUCCGACUGAGAGAAGAAUGUUGACCAAGUCUGUCUUCCGAUUUCAUUCUGCACAAAUACAGACAUAACACGUAGAAAAAUAAAUCAGGAAAAUCUCCUGAAAAUCUCUAGACGCGACCCGGGCAUCAAUUGAUGUCACGAGGUGGUUCUGAGUCUAGAAUCUCAGAACACAGUUUGUCAUAUGCACACACACAAAUUCCGGAAUGCGAGGUAGAAAAAGUGCUCCGAAUAGAGGUAUGGAGAUCCAGAAUGAAAUCUAGAGGGGCAGGACAGUAGUUGAUCCAGGUGGAUCUGUUCAUACAGGCUUUGCGAAUUUUGAAAAUGUAAAGGAGAAGUGAUUUGCUCAUAUGGUGAUUGUGGUCGCUGGAUUCAAGCA